CCAGCACAGCCAGCAGUGCUGCCGUGGGAGCCUCUCAGUGCUCCCGGCACUGCCGCUGUCCCGCGUGCCCAGCCGGGCAACCACUGGGCCAGGACGACCUUGCCACCAGACUGGGUCGGUGCAGGAGUAGUGGCAGCUGGGAGAACCCCCUGGAGACUCAGCAAUGCUGGGACUGCACCCGCAGCUGCUUCAGGACCGGUGAGCAGGGUGGGGAAAAGCCCCAUGGGGCUUCAUCUGCUUGAGGGGCUGGGCCAGCAUGGAGCCAGCCAGCGCCCUUCCCAACACCUCCGGUAACGGCAGCGGCGCUGGCAGUGCCCCACACUCACCCGCAGCCACGGGGCUCAUCUUGCUGGCAGCCCUGUCCGUCCUGCUGGCCACGCUGGUGGGCAACGCUCUGGUGGUGGUGGCCAUCUCCACCAGCCGGGCCCUGCAAGCCCCACAGAACCUCUUCCUCGUGUCCCUGGCCUCAGCAGACAUCCUGGUGGCCGUCCUCGUCCUGCCCUUCUCACUGGCCAACGAGGUGAUGGGCUACUGGUACUUUGGUGGGCUGUGGUGCAGCCUGUACCUGGCGCUGGACGUGCUUCUCUGCACGGCGUCCAUCGGGCACCUCUGUGCCAUCAGCCUGGACCGCUACUGGGCCGUGACACGGGCGGCACGGCUCAACCUGCGCCGCAGCCCGCGGCGGGUGAAGGGCAUGAUCGGGGCGGUCUGGGCGGCGGCGGCCCUGGUGGCACUGCCACCGCUCCUGCGGCCGCGGACGGGUGGGCACGAGUGCCAGCUGAGCCAGGAGACCUGGUACGUGCUGGCCUCCUGUGCCGCCUCCUUCUUCGUGCCCUGCCUCGUCAUGGUCGCUGUCUACUGCCGCAUCUACCGCCUGACCGCCCAGCGCACGGCCGCCCUGCUCGCUGCCCGCUCCCCGCGCCCCGCCAGCGGAGAUGGAAAGGUGUCGGGCAUUGGGAUGCUGAGAUGGCGGCGCCGGAGCCAGCACCAGAGCGUGUUGCUGUGCCGCCGGCGGCUGGUGCGGGCGCGGGAGCGGCGCUUCACUGUCGUGCUGGCGGUGGUGAUGGGCGCCUUCGUGCUGUGCUGGUUCCCCUUCUUCUUCACCUACAGCCUGGGGGCUCUCUGCGGGCAGGGCUGCCAUGUCUCCAAGCCUCUCUUCAAUUUCUUCUUCUGGAUCGGUUACUGCAACAGCAGCGUCAAUCCCCUCAUCUACACCCUCUUCAACCGGGACUUCCGUGCUGCCUUCCGCCGGCUCCUCGCCGUCCCCCACCGGCACCGCACUUAGGGACCCACUGGGACACCAGGGACGUGCUCCCCAGCCCUGCUCAGCAUUCACAGCACCUGGCCACACCACAGGCCCUGGAUGGCAGUGCCAGCGUGCAGCUCAAGGUGCUUCUGGAAAUGCAGGAUUGAAUAAAAUGAGACCAAACCCUG